CAGCUGCAUUAACAUCAUAAUAUACCCUGCCUUGAGCAGACAUGGCGAAGCUGCUCUUGAAUUCGCGCUUUCAAUGCGUUCUGCUGCUUGCUAUGCUUACAGCUGCAAGCUCGGCAACCAUCGUAUGCGUGAAGCCUCUUGACGGGACCUACAGCUGGGAUGAGUCAACGAAUUCGCUGGGUCCAAACCGCUGCAGCAACGACUGCGAGUGUGCUGGCACGCGGACCUGCUCCACUUCUGGGUUUUGCACGGCAGCUCCGCCGCCCCCACGUCGGCCGCCACCACGGCCGCCACCACGGCCGCCGUCACCGCCCUCGCCGCCCAAGCCACCCCAACCGCCCGCGCCGCCGCCGCCCACCAUCAGCACUCGUCGCGGUCGGUUCUUCUGUGGCAGCACCUACACCUCCACCGUCACCACGCCCUCCACCUCCCCCUCCUUGACCAACCCCUACCGCACCGCCACCGGGGCCUGGUACGUCAGUGACGAGGAGGCCGCACUCGCCGGCAACCCCCUGCUCGGCAUCACCAUUCGCGCCUCCACCAUCUCCACAUACCAGGCCUGGUCCACUUACCUUGGCACGGGCCGUGGGCCCCUGCACAGCGCUUUUGACAACAGCAGCUACCCGCUCUUCAGCAUCAACCUGACCUCAGCGUGGGGCCCCAACUCGCCGGAUCGAAUCGCAGCUGUCAGCGCAUGCUGCUACCGGAGCGACGUGGUCAUUGCCGGCGUGCGUGCGGUCACCGCCUACCGCCUGCUGUUACGAACCCAGUCGGGCGUGGUGCAGCGCCUGGGCGACGUGUCGGAUCGCGGCACGGGCCUGUGUGCCGCCAACGGCAUUAGUCAGCCGUGGGAGCCGGUGCCGCCCGGGUUCUUGCUGGCCGGGCUUGUGACGGAGGAGACGCUGACCUAUGACGUGUCCUUCAGCCGCGUCGCCUACGUGUUUGUGUCCAUCCCCGGCUUCACGGAUGCAUUCGCACCGUUCCCGCCCCUGCCGCCCUUGCCACCCACAACCUCAUACGGCGCCGUGGACACAUCCCGGAGUGCCAGCGGCAGCAGCAGCCGCAGCAGCUACGUCGGGAUGGUGGUGGGGUUGGUGGUGGGGGUGUGGCUGCUAAUCGGCGGCGGCAUCUGCGGCUUUACCAUGCUGAAGAAGCGCGCCCGGCAGCGAUACGGUGGCUCUGACGUGGCCUUUGAAGCCACCUCUUGCUCCUUCUACCCAACAUACCAGCCGGGUUCGGGACCGCCGCCGCCGCCGCCGCCCCCGCCGCCGCCGCCGCAACAGUACAAUCCGCUGCAGCACCAGUACCCGCCGCCGCAAUACCCCUACGGGCAGCCGUCCGCGUUCGCGCCCGGAGCCGCCGGCUACUACCCACCGCCGCCGACGUCGCCCGCGACCGCCUCUGCCACCGCCUGGUCAGGCCUGCCGCGCUCGGUGUCGGGUGCGGCGCCGACGCCAGGGUUCAUGCCGUCCAUGCAGCGUCAGGGCACGCUCUCUGAGUCCAUAGCACUGCAGCUGCACGUGCUGUUUGGUGAGCACGCGGUCAUCCAGGUCCGACAAGGAGCAGACGCCCGACCGUCAGCGACAAUCGAGGAGGUCGGCGUCACUGCUGCCACUGCUAGCGCCGCCGCCGCGGCGGCUCCGCCGCCGCCACCACAGGCGUUUUCUGCAGCGGAGCUGGAAGCAGCCACGUUUGGCUUUGCAGGCUCGCAGCUACUCGCCAGGCUGCCGGCGCCUCGGCGACCACCCGCCGUGGUCGCGGCGCCGGUGGCGGACACGGAUGGUAUGGUGUAUGGCGGUGGGUGCGUUUACAUCGGCCGUCUUGACGCAGCUGCCGGUGGCGGCGGCGGAGGCGGGAGCGGCGGCGGUAGCGGCGGCGGUGGUGGGCGUCAGGUGGCGGUGUGGCAGGUCGAAGACGCGCCGCGUGCCGCGGCGGCGAUGGCGUCUGCUGCGGCGGCGCCUGCUGGGUCCGCGGCGGCUGUGGUGCUGCCGGCGGGCUUGGUGCGGCGGCUGGCGGCCCUACGUCACCCACACCUGCUGACCCUUCUGGGAGACUGCCCUGACAAGCCGCUACUGGUGUACGAGCUGGCGGCAGCGGCCGCCGCCAGUGGGCCGGCGGCGGCGUUUGCCACGCUAGCAGACCGGCUGGCGCCGCCGCCGCCGCCGCCCGACACUGGCGCCGUCGACUGGAGGGCUGCCGCGCCGCCGCCGCCGCCACAGCCGCCACAGCCGCCGAUCCUGAGCUGGCGGGACCGCGUCCGUGUCGGGUAUGAGGUGGCGGCGGCGGUGGCGCAUCUACAUGCUCAGACACCGCCGCUCUUCUGCCGCGUGCCUCUCGAUGCGGCGCGAGUGGUGGUGGACGCGGCCACUGGCAGCGCGCGCCUGGGCUUUGUGGCGCUCGGCGGUGGCGGCGGCGGCAGCAGCGGCAUUGACACGCCCGACAUGCUUGCGGAGGCUGCCGCCGCGGACGUGCGCGCACUUGGUGUGCUGCUGCUGCGCCUGCUGACUGGCGACGCCACCGGCGGCGCGGCGGCGCUGGAGGCGCGCUUGCACGCGGCGCGGCAGUCUGACGCGGCAGGCGACGGCGGCGGCCGAGCCCUGGCGGCGUUGGUGUUUGAUGGCGCCGGCGGCGAGAGGUGGCCCGCGGCGGAGGCGCUGGCGUUUGCGAACGCUGCGCUCAGGUGCUGUGGUGCCAGUAGCACGCAUGGCGGCGGCGGCGGUGGUGGCGCUGCUGGCAGCAUGGGAGGCGCGGAUCCAGAGACGGCGGCCGAGGCGGGCGGGGGCCCCGACUUAAAGGACGUCGUACUGCCGUACCUGCUGCAGCUGAGUAACCGUACACGACUGUACGUUUCGGGUCCGCAGCAGCAGCAGCAGCAGCAGCAGCAGCAAGCGGCAGCUGCCGUGCCGGGGGAGCAGCCGCCGCCGACUGCAGGCGCCGCCUCCGCGGCGGCACUGGGCGGAGCUGCUGGCGGUGACGACGCCGAGCCCGGGGCGCUCCCAGACGAUAUCCCGCCGCUGUUCCUGUGCCCCAUAACCCAGGACCUGAUGGAGGAUCCAGUGGUAGCUGCCGACGGCUUCUCAUACGAGCGAGCCGCCAUCGCGCAGUGGAUGGCGAGCAGCGCCGCCGCCGGCCGCGCGCCGCGCAGCCCCAUGACUAACCUGGCCUUCGAGCACAAAUCGCUCAUCCCCAACCGGGUUCUCAAGUCCCAGAUCGCUGGCUGGCGGGAGCAAAUGAAUGCCUGAACAAAGGAGUGUUUACGCCUUCCCAUAGUUCAGGAGGGCGUGGUUUCAGAAACGGGUUUGGCAUGGCAGUCGAGCCAGCCUCCCUCCACUGAUUACGGUGUGACUCAAUUCUUGCGAAAGCCUGUGAUAAGGUACCCAGGGAAGCGCUGUGGGCAAGCAGCAUCAGGGGCAGCAGGUCCUAGCAGGUAAGCUUAGGGUCCCGCGGCGGAGGCCUGGCCCGGGUGGCUGUGAGGUAGGGGCAAGUGGGCGACGGCGAGAGGCUGUGCGCUGACGGCUGACCAGGCCUCGGUGACUGAGGUCGCUCAGUUGCGCCCCACGUGCCGACUGCGGUUGACUCGGAGGGAUCGUGGAUUCGUGGGUAUCUGGAUUUUGGGCGCACAAUGUCUAAAUGUACCGACACUGUACUUGUAGUAGGAUAGUCGGCAAAAGACACACGCCCUGCAUUUGCAGCUGGCUGACUGGCUGGCUGGCUGGCUGCUACAGUACAGAAGUACUGUCACAAUCAACAUAUUAAGA